AUGUACUAGUAGAAAUGUGCGAGGAAAAAACAAAAACUAUAAGAACCUACAGAUAUAGAUUCAGAUCAUUAUAACAAUAGUGAAGAACCAAAAAAGAGAGAUGAAGAAGGCAAACCAACCAGUCAGAUUAAAUACAAUGAAGCAACAGAAGAGAUACGAGGAACAAGUAAACAAAGAGCUAGACAGUAAAAACCAAGUACACGGUGUCAAUGAGAGAUGGAAUAAAAUAAAGAAAGCUAUGAACAAGGCAGCCACUUCCAUAGAUAGCAAGAUAAUCAAAAAAAUGUCAUGGUUUGACGACGAAUGCAAGGCAGAACUGCAGAAGAGAAAUGAAGUUCGAUUAAAUGCAAUAAAAGAAAUACAGAAGAAUCCAGAAAAAAAUACCCAGAACAAAGGAAAAAAACAAAAGCAUUACUGA